AUGCGGGGACCCCCAGAGGCACAGAACAGUCACGAUCACUUCCGGGUCAGAGACCUGAUCGCUGUGCCCAAUGGGGCAGUUUUGCCCAUGGUGUGGGAGUGCUUGCAUUUAGGGGAUUGGAUUCUGAAAUGUCCUGUUUUCCCGUUCCUCUCACCACCUACAGGAAGCGGGCAGAUCCAGCUGUGGCAAUUCCUCCUGGAGCUACUCUCCGACAGUGCCAACGCCAGCUGCAUCACCUGGGAGGGGACCAACGGCGAGUUCAAAAUGACGGACCCCGACGAGGUGGCCAGGCGCUGGGGGGAGCGGAAAAGCAAGCCCAACAUGAAUUAUGACAAGCUGAGCCGGGCCCUCCGAUACUACUAUGACAAAAACAUUAUGACCAAGGUGCAUGGCAAAAGGUAUGCCUACAAAUUUGACUUCCAUGGCAUUGCCCAGGCACUGCAGCCACAUCCAACUGAGUCGUCCAUGUACAAGUACCCUUCUGAUAUCUCCUACAUGCCUUCCUACCACGCCCAUCAACAGAAGGUGAACUUUGUCCCGCCCCACCCGUCCUCCAUGCCCGUCACUUCCUCCAGCUUCUUUGGAGCGGCCUCACAAUACUGGACCUCCCCCACGGGCGGAAUCUACCCCAACCCCAAUGUUCCCCGCCAUCCUAACACCCACGUGCCCUCACACUUAGGCAGCUACUACUAGAAGCUUAAUCAUCGGUGGUCUUCUAGCUGAAGCCCAUCCCUCUCACUCCCUGGAAUACUUUGGACUCUAAAGGACAUACGUGGCCUUGAAGAGAAAACAAAACUGGAUGUUCUUUCUUGUUGGAUAGAACCUUUGCAUUUGUUCUUUUAAAAAAAUCCUUUUUUUUAAUGUUGCUUCCUCUACCUUGAACAAAGAGAUGUGUAAUUCCAUGGGCCAGUAGGCUAAUGUGUAUUCUCAAUCUCCUAUCAUCUUCUGAAUGGAAUAUUUAGAUUACUGGAAUGGUUGUAUCAUGGUUCUAUGAAAGAAACUGUAAAUUGUCUUUAUUAUUUGUAUGACCAAAGCAGUUUCUUAUCCACACACGGGUCUUAUCAUGGACCUCGUAGGGUUCACUAUGCUAAGGAUUCGUGGACUUAACCAGUUAGGCUCUGGUUUGAGACUUAGUGAAAAUAGAGGCAGGAAGCUUAUAACCUUGUUUUAGGGAGACCGAACUCAGUGAAUAGCAACUGGAACAUUGGUUGUAAGGCCAGUGAAGUUUUCACCCAACUGGAACUUAAAAGGAAGAAGAUAUGUGUGUAUUUAAGAAGCCAUGGGCAUUGGAGAAUUCCUCUCAAUGGGCAAUAUGUACUAGGCUGACCAUUUUCUCUAGAAAUAGUCAAGAUAUUAACUAAGAAAUGUUCAUGCAAGCGCAGACAUUCCUGAAAGACAGAAAACUAAAUGACUAUUUUUUUUUUUUUAGAUAGUGACAGUGAGUCCCCGAACUUUGAAAAGUCUUAGGGAUUUCUAAACACAAACAGAUCCGCAGGCGCUGUGCGCUUGUCAGACCGUCAGUCCAGGGUCACCCAAUCAGAUGGCAACUUACUGUAUAAAUUAUGCAGAGUUAUUUUCCUAUAUCUCACAGUAUUAAAAAUAAAUAAUUAAAAAAAUUAAAAAGAAUAAGUAAACGAGUUGACCUCGGUCACAAAUGCAAUUUUACUAUCAAAUCAGUCUGUGUUAUUUUUUUAAAUGUAAUUUGUACAUCUUUUGUCAAUCUGUACAUUUGGCCUGUUUGUACGUUUUUAUAGCUGGUGUGUUGUUGUUUUUUAGAAAAAAGCAUAAUGUGACUAUUGCUGAAAAGGAAGCAGACUUUUAAGUCACUGACUUAUUAAAAGAGAAGCACUGGUGGUAGUUAUUUAACAGGUGUGCACACGUUACCCAAGAAUGGCCGUUGAAAUCUUGAUGCUUUGAAAUGUUUGUACAUAACCAUCUACCCUGCAGUCACCUCAACUUUGAAAGGAACAAGCAAACAUUCCCUUGUGGGCACAAGGGAUUUUUCUGCCCUAUAUAUACAAUAUAUUUUUUAGAUAUUAAAAUAUAUAUAAUUUUGCAGGUAAUCGUUGACUUUUUUAAACUAUAUGAACUGUUAAGCUGACAACUGUCCAUGAAGACUCUGUUGUAAAAUAAUUUGACUAAAUAAAUUGUGCCUUCUUCUCUCAGA